AUGAACGACGACGACUACGAAGCGAACGAUAACUUUUGGAGUGAUUUCUGGCCGAACGAUUGCAGCCCCGAGGCCUUACAGCUAGCUUUGGCCAUGAAGGAGUCUGGCGCCGACAUUCGCCCAACACGUAAUGGCUUCGAGGUCAACGAGCAAGCAGGCCGCCCACAUCCCAUCAUAGGCGAUGCGCCGAAAUGCUGUCCAGAUUCUAAGCACUGGACCAUGGACGACGGUGACUGGGUCUGCAUUGGGUGUGGUGCGGUGUACGCGCAGAACUUUUUUCACGCACCCGCGCAACCAGCUCCGGCUCCACUCCUUCCUCCAACUGACCUGGUGGUCAAUGGAAAUCUCGUUCUGCCGCCCAUGUCUUGCUGCCUGAAGCCUGACCCUCGUGAGGAUGGAGAUGAGCGGACUCUGUGCGACCGCUGUGGCCAGGAAUACUUCGAUUAUAAAUAUGAUGAAGACUUUCAGAAAGCGAUCGAAGCAGGCUCGGGAUUUGGUACUGGUGGGCCGACGUCUGGUGAGUCAGGGCAAUCGAUGGUUCAACAAGCAAGUUCUCACUGGAGGAACCAAGGCAAUAUUCGAGCACUGGGAGACGAAGACGACGAGAAUCUUGCGGCUUCUCUCCGUGUACCUUCCUUCAACCCAAUCCUUCCGCCAGCUCCACCAGUCAAUGAUCCCACUCCAGGACCAUCAAAGCCCAAGGCAAGACGCGCGACAAAACCACCUACUAUCACCUCCAACGUUCCGGUGCGACCCCGUCUGCCUAGAUAUCGCACGCCCACUCACUGUCUCACUUGCAUGGCAGAAAAGGGUAUCCGCAACAUGAACUGCACACUCUGUCACCAGUGUCACUCCGAACGUCAUACCACCGGCAGGUGCAAGAUGUUGAAGCCAAAGUUCCACAAGUUCAUGGAGCUUUCUGUGGAGCUACGUCAGCGCAUCUAUGCGCUCGCACUCGAUACAGACCGACCCAUCAGGCCUCAUCUGUGCGACUAUACCGACGAUCAGGUCAUUCAGUUCCACGACGACAACGCAGAGCAUCACUUCGCGACCAGCGAUCUCCUCGGUAUCACCCGCGUCAGCAAGCAGGUCCGCGAGGAGUCACUUCCCAUGUUCUAUUCGACGAAUACCUUCUCCAUCGGUUAUGAUACAUCGACUUAUUUCGACCGUCUCGCGUACCUAGGCCGUUUCCACAUGGUCCGCCACGUCCGGUUCCAGAUCGAUAACCGCAAGGAGUCCAUGUCGCCCAGCAUCCUGCGCCGCAUGAACCAGUACAUCAAGGAAGCAGACGUCUACGAGAAGCAGCUUACCGGUCCCGUUGGCCAACAUAUGUCGUCACUGAAAAAGCAUCCCCAGUACCUCUACGGCGGCUGCCCCGAACUCAACACCCUCAUCACACUCAUGAAACUCACCUCCCGCCUCGACAACCAGCCCAAAACCCAGUACGAAGGAAAAGGCAAAGGCAAAGCCACCUCCGCCACCACCGCCCCACCCUUCCACUCCAAGCUCGUCGUCCCCGUCUCCUCCGUGCCCAACUUCAUCGCCUACACCGCCUACAAAUGGUUCCCAACCGUCAUGUACGGCCUGGGCAUCCAACUGCACUACGUCGACAACACGCCCUUUGCUUUUGUCGACGGCGGCACUGUCGGCAUCACGUGGGAACAGCGGCUGCAGAAAAAGGAUUUUGGCGAUAUUCCUGAUUACGUUGAUCCCGUUGAUAGUAGCGGGCAGACGGCGGCGUAUAAGAUGGCGCUUAAGCUGGAUCCGGGGUUGGAGGGGAGGCAGAGGCCGAAGGCGUGGGCGUAUUUGAGGGAAACUUGUACGGGGGGGAAUUCCCAGUGGUUUGAUUUGCCGACUGAGGGGGGUGGGGUUGGGUAUUAG